AUAUUUGAUGAUGAUGAUGAUGAUGAUGAUGAUGAUGAUAAAGAGUUUCUAUAGUUUCCUGUUCGUAAAUAGUGUUUCGUUGUUUAUUAAUGUUCGAGGGGCUAAUUAUAAUAAUGGUGAACGACUUCUUGUGGAUUUAUUCCAGAAUUACUCAACAGACAUUAGGCCAAUUCAGAAUCUGUCUGAACCAACUAUAAUUUCUUUGUACCCAUUUAUAUUUUCUUUAAACAAUUUUGACGAAGUAUCUGGAGUUAUUACUAUUGUUGGUGGAAUCUCACUCGAAUGGCAUGACUUUCGGUUGACUUGGACGCCAAGUAACUAUGGUGACAUUAUGAAGCUACUUAUUCCAAAGAAAAAGCUUUGGGUUCCAAAUGUUUUUUUGAUCAAUCCUGCGAAUAAGAUGGAAGCGAUAGGGAAUGAUGAUUUUUUAGGAAGGAUAUCUCAUAGUGGCAUAGUGCAGUGGGCACCUGGUGGUUUGUUCAAAAGUUUAUGUAAUGUAAACAUGUACAAAUUUCCUUUUGACACCCAGUCAUGCUCCUUUUACUUAGCUCUUUGGGAUUAUUUUCCCAUGGAAGCUCUUUUAAUUCCGAGCAGUAAUAUGUCCUACAUUGAUACAUUGUAUUAUUCUUCAAAUCCUUUAUGGAAACUAGAAAGAACUGUGAUGAAAAACUCAUAUCUCAUUACAACCGAAAACGUAAUUGAACUCCGGAUCAAUCUGAAGAGAAAAUCGCUUUAUUUUGUCAUCAAUAUGUUGGCGCCUAUCCUUCUCCUGUCCAUUCUUAACCCUCUGGUUUUUGCCUUACCUGUUGAAAGCGGUGAGCGUGUGUCAUAUGCCAUCACAAUAUUUUUGUCAUUUGCCGUAUUCUUGACUCUAAUCAGCGAAAAUAUGCCAAAGUCCUCAGAGCCAAUGUCUUUAUUGUCCUACUUUUUGAUUGUGACAAUGACUAUGAGUACGUUGAUAUGUAUUCUUACUGUUGUGACGAUGCGCCUCCACUUUAAAAACUCAAAGGUGUCAAAAACAGCUGCCACUAUUCUGCAAAUUUUGCAACUCAAAUAUUUAUGCAUUCCAUGUAAGAAGUAUAAAAAGAAAUCACAGAUUCAGGAUAAUUCUAAUUUAGAUGACGGGUUUGCAAGAAAUAUAAGGGAGGGUAAAGUUGAGCCGCUUAAAGUCGAACCGGUAGAGGAAGAUACAUGGAAGGGAGUAGCAGAGCAAUACGACCGAGUCUUGAUGUACUAUUUCUUUUUGAUUGUCUUUCUCCAAUGGAUGAUGCUUUUAAUUGUCAUGUCUAUCUGAAAUUGUCUUCAUAUCCAAUGUUUUUUCUCUCUAUUUUUUUAUUGUACCAGGAACAUUAAUGCAUUCUUACUGUUCCGCUUUAAAGGCUCCAGCUGAUAAGUGUUUAAACAGCUGCCGCUAUCCUAAAGUGUUUUAAACUCAAAUGUCAAAUUAUAUAGUAUGUAUUCUAUAAAUCAAGCGGGAAAAUAAUUAACAAUUUCGAGAUACUUCUA